AUGUCACUUCCAGAUACUCGAGAACAGUUGAACCUACUGACGUCCUUUGUGGACGCCUCUAACGUGUACGGACUCAGUCAGGAUCAGAUCAAGCACCUCAGGAACGGACGAGACGACCGGGUGAACGUGUUCCCUGGCCUUGCAGUGCUACACACCGUGUUUGUCAGAGAACACAACCGAUUAGUCAAAGAACUUGCUGAUGUCAUGCCAUCGACCACUCCUGAUGAUGUCUUGUUUGAAGAGGCCAGAAAGAUCGUGUCAGCCAUCAUCCAACAAGUCACCUACCGCGAGUGGCUGCCCAUUAUUGUUGGGCCCUUGGCCAUGAGGAAGUACAGACUGACCCCUGGCUUCAGCUUCAGGUACAACUUCACCCAAAACCCCACCAUCUACAACGUUUUCGCCACCGCCGCCUUCAGAUACGGCCACUCCACCAUUCCACGUUUCCUGACCCUCGGAGAUCGACAUGUACCCAUAGAACAGCUCUUCUUCAGACCUUCUGAGGUCAUCAAAGAUCUGGACACCGUGCUCAAGGACAGACAUCAGGAGGUUAACCGCUUCAUCAACAGUGGGAUGACUGAGCAUUUGUUUGAGACAUCGGGCAAUAACGGCUUUGACAUCGUGUCCUUGAACAUUCAGAGAGGUCGUGACCAUGGCCUGCCAUCAUACAACAACUUCCGCAAGGCAUGCCAGCUAUCGGAAGUGACUUCAUUUGAUGACAGUGUAUUUGGUAAAGCAGGACCUGCUUUGAAAAGUAUAUACAGUUCCCCUGAUGACAUUGACGUCUUCGCCGGUGCAGUAGCUGAACAACACGUGCAUGGCGGCGCAGUGGGCCCUCUCCUCGCUUGUCUGAUUGGUCAACAGUUUCAUGACCUGAAAUAUGGCGACUCAUUCUGGUUCGAAACAUCCCACCCAAAGAAAGGCUUUACAUCAGAUCAACUGUCUGAGAUCCGACGAAUGCGCUUUGCCAAAGUUCUUUGCAGGAAUUCAGGGUUGAAAUCUAUCCAAAGAGAUCCUUUUACAGUGUACUCAAAAGAAAGGUAG